UUACCCCUAGUCCGAUCAUGGACGAUAAGAAGAAGUUCAGUUCUCAAUUUACUUUCUCAGCUGUCUAUCAGAUCUUGUCCAAGAAAUAAACAAAACAGAAAUGGCUUUGAUUCCAAGUUUCUUCGGUAACUCACGAAGCAGCAUUUUCGAUCCUUUCUCUGCUUUUGACGUUUGGGAUCCAUUCAAAAAUCUUCAAAGACUUUCCUUUUCCUUCAUCCUUCCUUCAAUCGUCUCUCGUGAAAAUUCUGCUUUUGUGAACACUCGCAUAGACUGGAAAGAGACACCAGAAGCUCAUGUCUUCAAGGCUGAUCUUCCUGGGCUCAAGAAAGAGGAAGUGAAGGUAGAGGUUGAAGAUGACAGAGUUCUCCAAAUCAGCGGACAGAGGAAUGUGGAGAAAGAAGAAAAGAAUGAUACUUGGCAUCGGGUGGAGCGUAGCAGUGGGAAGUUCAUGAGGAGAUUCAGGCUGCCGGAGAAUGCAAAGAUGGAUCAAGUAAAGAAGAUGGAUCAAGUAAAGGCUUCAAUGGAAAAUGGAGUUCUUACUGUGACAGUUCCAAAGGAGGAAAUCAAGAAACCUGAUGUCAAGGCUAUCCAGAUUUCUGGUUGAGCUAUUAUUUCCUGUAAACUUACAUAUAUAGCAAAACUAGAGACGAUGAAAAAAGAAUUAAUGAUGUUUGUUCUGUUAUUUUGCUGGGUGUGACUGUUUGUAUUAAUGUUAUGAGGUAGUGUCUGAAUCUUUAAUGUACGGUAUUUUCUGUUAUGUAACGAUAAUAAUAUUGCUUUUAUAAUUAAUUGAUUAUUCGGUUUGUCGACGAGACAA